GAGUGAAGGAGGGAGGAUGAUCGCGGAGCCGGACGCCGAGCCGGUCGGGGACGGUACUGGGGAAUGGUUCUGGCACCAGCAGGUGUUGCCCGGCCUGUACCUGAUCCGUGAGCGCUAUUUCGAGGCGGCCAAGCGCGCCAACAUCUGGCUGCUGCAGGGUUCACAGCGGGACCUGGUGGUGGACAGCGGCCUGGGCCUGGUCAACCUGCCCAGCUUCCUGCGGGCCCGCGGCCUGAUCGGCUCCAAGCCCGUGAUGGUCGUCGCCACCCACGUCCACUUCGACCACUCGGGCGGCCUGCACCACUUCGACCGGGUGGCCGUGCACAGGGCCGAGGCCAGCGCCCUGGUGCAUGGAGACAACUACGAGACGGUCACCUGGCUGUCUGACGUCGAGAUUUCCAAGGCCCCUCAGCCGGGCUGGAAAGCAAACACCUACAGAGUGAAGCCUGUGCACCCUUCCCGUGUCCUAGACGAGGGUGACAUUAUUAAUCUUGGAAACCGUCAGCUCACUGUUCUACACAUGCCUGGUCACUCCAGAGGUUGCAUCUGCCUUCAUGACCAGGAGAAUCGUAUUCUCUUUAGUGGUGAUGUCGUAUACAAUGGUGCCUUGAUUGACUGGCUCCCUUUCAGUAACAUCAGUGACUACAUCCGAACAUGCAGACGCAUAAUGACUCUAGUGGAAAAUAACCUUGUGCAACAAGUGUUACCAGGUCAUUUUGAUUCCUUUGAUGCAGAAAGACUUUACAACUUGACCUCGAGUUAUGUUGCCAGUGUUGGAGUGUGCCAUAAAAUUUCAUCAUUCACUCUUCAGUGCAUUGCUACUCUCGUCUUAUGGUUGAAGUAUCGUCGUGGACGGAAUGCUCGAUAAGAUUGAUGGCACAAAACUUAACACUUCAGCUUUCAGAUUUUAUUAAGAUUGCUUUGUAAAGAAGGAGUGUAAUUGUAAAUUAAAUUAUAUUCGUUAUUAGAGGUUAUUACUUGCUAAUUAAAGGAGACUAUUUUAUGAUCAUCCAUCUUUGCUUUGGAAUUGUAUGGUCAUGUAACAAUUCUGCAACUAACAUGUUGAAUAUGUUGUGAGUAUAUUAAGUUUCCAAAGUAUAGAAAUGAAAAUUUGAUUUCACAAUGGAAAAAGAAAAUUCAUAUUGAAGUUUUUAUAUUUUAUGAAACAAUGC